AUGCGACUUCCAUCCAUCUUCAUGCCCCGGCUUCAGAAGUUCUGCGAGAUGCUUUCUUCAUCUCCUCACACUUGUUACGCUGGAGGAGGAGGAGUUCAGCUUGACCACUAUGCCAUUAUCAAAUUCUCCCUGACCACUGAGUCAGACAUGAAGAAGAUAGAAGACAACAACACACUUGUGUUCAUUGUGGACGUCAAGGCCAACAAGCACCAGAUCAAACAGGCUGUGAGGAAGCUCUACGACAUUGAUGUGGCCAAAGUCAACACCCUCAUAAGGCCUGACGGAGAGAAGAAGGCAUAUGUUCGCUUGGCUCCUGAUUAUGAUGCUCUGGAUGUUGCCAGCAAAAUUGGGAUCAUCUAAACUGAGUCCAGCUGGCUAAUUCCAAAUAUACUCUUUUUCACCAU